GAGCGUGGGAGAGACACGUGGCAGCGAUGGGAGCUUCGGCAGCAUCGAUGACGUGGAUCGAUGGAUAAGACAAGUUUCAGAUGGCAGCUCUUCUUGGAAGGAGAAGGCCAAUCUAGCGCUCUUGAUGAUGCUAGGAGGAGGAGGCGGAGGAGGAGGCGGAGGAGUUGAAAGCCACGUGGGACAUUCGGUUACGCACACGGGGCAGCUUGCAGGAAGGCCACAGAGAGCAGACAGGAGCAUUCAGUGUUAUUUCUGCGGAGUAACGUGUACAGAUGCACAGCAGACAGGGGAAGAGAGAGAGAGAGAGGGAGAGAGGGACUCUCUCUCUCUCUCCCCCGCGACUGACGGCAACCAUUACCGAAACCCAUCUACAAAGAGGACGGGUUCAGGGGAGGAGGAGAAGGAGAAGGAGAAGGAGGAGGAGGAAGGGAGGAAGUCCACACAUCGCUCCAUCAAGGUUGUUCGGUUUCUGAAGAAGCAGAAUUGGUGGCUGAACCGAGCGGUUAAUGCGCAGCAGGUAUUGAUAAGUCAACUAUCAGAAAUGGUGAGCCGUCAACAAAAAGAGUUCUUGGACCUGCAAGGAGCGUACCUGACCAAAAUGGGUUUCCAGAUUCCAGAGCUUGUGAUAGGAGAGGUGGAGCGAAAGGGAGAGGAGAGAGAGGAGGAGAGGGCGAAGGAGGACCAAGAGGAGGAGCAGGAGGAGGAGGAGGAGGAGGAGGAGGAGGAAGACAAGAAGAAGAAGAGAGUACGGAAGAAAGGAUUAUCAGGGGCUGCUCAGGUACCUCCACGUGGAAGUAAGGCACACCGCUUGAUUGAUCCUGAUGACAACCAACCUCAACUAGAUUCGUCGAAAGUGCAUCGAGGAGGAGGAGGGGGAGGAAGGGAAAAGGCAGAGCGAGAACAACGGAAAGGUGGUGGAGAAUUAGGAAGAGGAAAAGCAGACCGAGAACAACGAGGAGACGGUGCUAAUGGGUACAACCCCGUUAGAUCUCGGCCGUUAGAUCUAGCGGCGAAUCUGACGGCGGCUGCUGCUGGGUCAGCGACGAGAAACAGCCGCGUUUCUUCUUCUUUUACUUAUGCUGCUGCUGCGGUCGGAGGGAAAUCGAAGCCAGAGAGAUCCCGAUCAGCACAGCAAAAGCAUCCCGACUCGGGAUUUGAUGCACUGUCGGUCGGUCUUGCUACAGGCCGACGAUUCGUCGGAAAAUGGGGCAAAGGAUAAACAUCACGACUCAGGAUUAAAUUGGCAAGGAUCAUGAGGAGGAGGAGGAGGAGGAGGAGAUGAGGAGAUAAUGAUGAUGAUGAUCAUCAUGAGGAGAAGGAGGAGGAGGAGGGGAACAUGAUGAAAAACCCCUCGACAAACAGCUUGGAAGGAAAUGGGAAAUGCUGCUGUUUGUGUUCUUUCUUUGGGGGGUAGUAAAAGCACCCGACGACCUGCAUUGAAAAAAUGUUGAAGGAUGAAAAAAAACGCGCUUGUUCCUCCUGCCACCUCAUCAUCGGAUUAAGACACGUGGACACAUUUUGCUUAAUCAUUGCUAAAUCAAUCAAUCAGGGUGUAUGAUAACGGUACCGAUGGAUCAUCGUAUGAUAACGGUACCGAUGGAUCAUCGGGACAAGGCGAUGGAUCGGAGGCAGAAGCGCAAGGGCAGGCAUGUCAGGUCGACAGUGGGGAUCCCUGCUCAGCACCAAAUCAGGUAGGCGGAGCUCCCGAACCGACGUUUUCGUCAGCCCGUCGCCAUGGACGCAGAAUCGAAACCCCGAAUAGAACACAUAAUCGGCUCUACUGUAAUGGGGUACCGUUAUCC